AUGGUGCUAGUAGCUCUGGUGGGUGGUGCUGCACAGCAUAAAUUUUUAUAUAGAUUUCUUGGCCGAGGCUCUAUGUUCGUGUUCUCAAACACUCAGCUGGAGAACCUUCUUGGAAAUUAUAUGCAGCCGACUUGGAAAGAAUGUGGCAACAUGUUGGAUUUGGGUGCUGGUGACGGAAAGGUCACUGAAGUUAUGUCAUCGUAUUUCCAGAAUACAUAUGUCACUGAAAUAUCGGGUGUCAUGAGAAGAAUUUUAGCAGCAAAGAACUUCAGGGUAUUGGAUAUCGACAACUGGCAUGACCCAGGAGAAGGGCCCCGAUAUUUUGAUGUCAUCAGUUGCCUGAAUCUUCUGGAUCGCUGCGACCGUCCGAUAACGCUGCUUCAGCAAAUUAGGAACAAAUUGAACCCAGAUAGUGGGCUUUUGAUUUUAGCCGUGGUGCUCCCACUCAAUCAGUACGUAGAAUCAGGAGAAGACCACCAACCCGCAGAAAAGAUCCAAGUCGAAGGUAAAACUUUGGAAGAACAAGCAUCAAGUCUUGCUCAGUCCCUGUUUGUAGAAAGUGGCUUCCAAGUCUUGCGAUGGACCAGAUUGCCUUACUUGUGCGAAGGAGAUUUAGAUCAAUCUUUCUAUUGGUUGAACGAUGCUGUAUUCGUUAUGAAAGUGGCAGAUUCUUGUAAUAGCUGAACACACAAAUGUACGAAAUAUUUUCCAUAUUCAUAACAUCAUAACAUUGGUACUUACAUUUCCUGCGAAGCUGGUAUUUAAAAGAAAAAUGGUGGAUUUUGAACCUUUUUUUUUCCCUCCAAAUGGAUUGAGGUUGUUCACACUGGGAUUGCCAGGUGAAAAUUCAGGAAAAUAGCCAAACCGCUUCGUGUAACUAGCCAAAAAUAGCCA